GCGAGGCGUCAGGAGCUAUGUUAGGAGCGCUUGCCUCACGCGAGGCUUACUUCCACUUCUCCUCAACUCUCGUCUUUCCCGUCAGCCAUUCUCCGCGCUGACUCUGUCGCAGCAGCUCUAAGUGCACUGUGCGCUGCUCUUUGCGACCCUUGUCCCUUGACUUGCGCUACGUGGUGAGAUCGACGAGCUAUUCCCGCGCCACACCAUGGCAAUCCGCAAGAGGGCGCUUCUGCUGUCCUCAUGUGCACUCACGUUCUUCAGCAAGAAGUAUGCGCCUGACAGCCCGUUCACGCAGGGGAGUUAUCCCAAGACUAUUAUCGCACUCUUUGCGAUACAGUACUUUGCGCGAGCUUUCUACAAUAUCUUGAUCUACCCGUUCUUCCUGAGCCCGCUACGGCAUUUGCCUCAAGCACCUAACGGCCACCCGGUUCUCGGUCAUUUCCCGCGCAUCUUCCGUGACCCCUCUGGAGAGCCGCAACGGGAAUGGGUCGAUACUAUACCUAAUGAGGGCGUGCUGUACUACCGCUGGCUUUUCAACGAAAGCAGAGUCCUUGUCACAAAUCCGAAGGCGCUCGCCGAGGUGCUGGUCCAAAGAAAUUAUGAGUUUGUCAAGCCUGGGCGACUGAGGGCAGGAUUGGGAAGGUUGUUGGGUGUGGGGAUCCUACUGGCGGAAGGAGACGAGCACAAGCGCCAAAGAAAGCUGCUUAUGCCUGCGUUUGCGUUUCGUCACGUGAAGGACCUGUAUCCGAUCUUCUGGGGAAAGAGCCAAGAGAUGACAGAUCGCAUCGUCAACACGACAGAUCGAGCUCCAGAUGGCUCUGUAGUGAUUGAAGUCCGCGACUGGGCCUCUCGUGCUACCCUCGACAUCAUCGGUUCUGCAGGCAUGGGCAAAGAUUUCGACUCGCUGAUGAAUCCCGAGAACGAGCUCUUCCUAACCUACAAAAAGAUCUUCUCAAGCAACCGUGGUGCUCAGAUUGUCCAAGUUCUGCUCGGCUUCCUCCCUCAUUGGGUUGCUGUCAAUCUUCCCUUGAAGCGUAAUGAUGAAAUUGGUCAGGCGAUUGGCACCAUCAAGAAGGUGUCUCGCGAACUCAUCGCCACAAAACGCGCUCAGAUUGAGCGAGGCGAGAAGCCAUCUCAUGACAUUCUGUCCGUGGCCAUGGAGUCAGGCGGAUUCACUGAUGAGGACCUUGUGAACCAACUCAUGACGUUCCUUGCUGCCGGUCAUGAAACAACCGCCAGCGCGAUGUCGUGGGCGAUCUACUGCUUGUGUCAACACCCCGAAACUCAACGCCGUCUCCGCGAGGAACUUCGGUCCCAGCUCCCCGCCGUCUUGGAGUCCAAUACGCAAAUUUCGAGCACCGACAUCGACCGCCUUCCUUACCUCAACGCCGUCCUCAACGAAACCAUGCGCAUCUUCCCACCAGUACCACUAACCCUGCGCGAAACGGCAAACGACACCACCAUCUGCGGCGCCUUCGUCCCCCGUGGCACCACCGUUGUCAUCUGCCCCUGGGCCAUCAACACGUCCACGCACCUCUGGGGCCCGGACGCGCGCACCUUCAAUCCAGAUCGCUGGCUCGGUAACAACGCCAACUCAGGCGGAUCCGAGAGCAACUACGCAAUUACAACGUUCUUGCACGGCCCGAGGAGUUGCAUUGGUAAGGAGUUCGCGAAGGCCGAGUUUGCGUGCUUGGUCGCGAGUCUGAUUGGCAGGUUCGAGGUCGAGUUUGAGGAGGGCGCGUGGGAGUUGAAGAUUCAGGGUGGUAUCACGGCGAGACCUAAGGGUGGGCUUAGAGUCAGGCUGAGGGAGAUCGGGGAGAAAGCGUGAAGACUGGCGUGUACAAUGUAGCUGGGGUGGUAAUCGCGAAAUGCGAUCAACGAAUCUUUCCAAGGAUGUAUGUGCAACUGCGUGAUGUUUGCACGGAGUCCAAGUUUUCCCAUCGACUUAUAAAAGGUCUGAUGGACGAAGAUGCUCUCGUUGAGUUGACGUCAAUGCUACUUGCACCACAGGCCCAUCAUCAUCGAAUCGUGUUGAGAUAUACAGCACACCCAGAACGAACCAAUCUGGGAAAUGCCGGACCCAUGAGAGCUUCCCCACCGAGCACCGAAGCAUCGGAGACCAUAGCUCAAGCUCAAGCCCAGCGACCCACCCACUCACCCUCCAUGGGCC